UUAUAAACAUAUUUUAAUUUUAACUGGGCUUGCAACGAGUAAAUAUUCGCAUCUGGUAACUUAUAAAAAGUGUCAUUGGACAGAGAUGCCAAUUCUCGCCUCUAAGCGAGGCAUACAUUUCUCGUGUUUGGGCGCUGAAUCAUCGAUCCAUCGGGGAAGCGGCGGCCCAGCGAUGGCAGCAAUCCAUCCAUCGCCCACGCCGCAAUGCCGCCCCGCCACGAGGAGCUGUGCGCGAUGGCGCUGGUAAGCAGGCAUCGCCAUCGCUAGGGCAACGGCGAGAAAGUCUCCGCGGUUCGUCUUCUUGUUCCUCUUCUAGGUCUGGUCCAUCGCAGCGCCAAGCGAUGGUGAUCGGCUACAUUGCCAGUUUCUUGCUGGGAGCUCUGGCUUUAGGGGUUGUGGAGAUUGCGGUUCUGUGGUACUUGUUCGUCCACAAGCCCCGCCAUCGCCACAAAGCGGCAGCGGCGAUUCUACCGUCCUUCUCCAUGGAAGCCGAUCCAAAUUCUCCAUCGAAAAUCUCCAUCGAGGGAGAAAUUUGGGUGGCUUCUGUGUCUCCUUUUCAAGUAGAGAAUGCGAACAGCUCCAAGUUGCUACCCAAAGAUCGAAAGCAAAAGAAGGCAACCGAGCAGAAAAACGAGAUCUCCGUUUCACUCAAGUUUGCCAAGUUGCAAGAUCGGACCUUGAUUCUCACCGGCAGCGAUGGUGCGGUUUCUUCCAUCCAGUUGCAAGGAUGCAGUGUCCUGGCCGUGUCAAGCACAGCAGCAGAAACGAGGAAGUGGGCCAAGAAAUAUCCUAUCAAAGUGGAGCACUCCAGUCGAACUCUCCUGGGAACCACGGUAUGCUUGCUCUACUUCAAAACGGGAUGGGAGAAAGAAACAUGGUGUGAGGCGCUUCGUGCAGCUGCAAGGAAAGACUACGGGCCAGACGACUGGUACUCCAAGCUCAAGCAUGAGUUUGCGGAAUACGUGACUGGCCUCAAACAAAACUAUCCAGAGGUUUUCAAGGCCGGCUCUAGCAGCAGCAAGAACUUCAGAGGGAGUGCUCCCGCGACGAAGAAAUCCAUGUCGUGGAAACGACUGCUAAAGAAGAAAAAAGUCGACGGUGCAAGGACCAAAGCCGUGACCGUCCAGACCGAAGAUUUGAAGCCCGAGGAGCCUUUUCUUCAUACUAGCAAUAGCUACCAGGAAAUCGACCAAGCAAAGGGAGAGUCGGACGCGAACCAUUCAGAUAGUACGAUGGAAGGCUCGUCGUUCAGAAAUCUGGCAGACGCUACGGAGUUUGGAAGUGCCGAGUUUGACGUGCUCCCUGCGAAACAUCUCCCCGACAGCAGUGUUGCUGCGCUGAAUCUCAUGCUCUCGCGGCUCUUCUUCGACUUGUACCACAGCUCGGACUUCAUCUCCGUUUUUCAUACUCGGAUCCAGACGCUCUUGUCGAGAAUUCCAACUCCUAGCUACAUCAGCCCGAUCACUUGCUCUCGGGUUGAUAUUGGCAAGUCUUGCCCGGUCGUCCACGGGCUCCGAGCUCUUCCCCUCUCGGACGACACUUUUGGAGUGGAAGCCGAUAUUGAGUAUACCGGUGGUGCCGUUCUCACUCUCGAGACGAGGCUGGACAUGAGAGAGUCUCGAGUUGGAGUUGAACCGAAAAACGACACAAGCUCGGCAGCGGCAGCGACUGCUGACAUUAUAAACAAAAGCUUGGAAACCGUGGAGGAUGAUUUGGAGGUGGCUGGAGAAGGUUCGGGAGAUCAGGGGGGCUCAGGCAGCGCGAAAAGAAAGCGGUGGAGUCAAUGGAAGGCUUUCUUGUCUUCGGUCGCUGAUCAAGUUUCCCAGGUUCCACUCACUUUGUCGAUGCGAGUAGUGUCAAUCAAGGGAACCUUACAGCUCCGAAUAAAGGCAUCGCCGUCCGACCGCAUCUGGUACUCCUUCUCAUCAAUGCCGGCACUAGAGCUCUUCCCCGAGCCUUCCGUUGGGGACCAUAAGAUCACGACAGGGCCACUGAUAACUUACAUCGCCGAACGAAUCCAGAUUCUCGUGCACGAAACUAUGGUGUAUCCAAACAGCGAAGAUAUCCACAUUCGCUGGAUGGUUUCGGACGAUGGGAACUGGGUCCAGCAAAGUGCUGCUCCGUUUCCUCAAAAUCUAGCCGAGACAAAGCCGCCAGAGAAGCCGAGAGAAGGAAGCAAUCACAGGAACGAAGCUUCUCCUCCGGAAGUAAAGGACGAGCACGAAAGGUUGAUCACUGGCGAAACUAGCGGUGGCACGUCCGAGCUGGAGAAACCAUUGCUGGACAGGAAGAUCGAGCGGGAUCAUCGAGCCGCCAGGGAAGUAGCAGGAGCGAUGAUGGAAGGCAGUGGCGAUUUCCAAGGAGCGAUCGACGAGGAUUCCAGCGAGAGCAAGAGGAAGAAAGGGACGAGGCGCGAGAAAAUGCUGAGCUUGGGCAAGAAAUUCGAGGAGAAAACUCGGCUCUUCGCGGAGAAAAUGCGGGAGCGAUUCGACAAAGAAUCAUAGAUUUUCCAUAUUAGUGGUUUAGCUUAAUUAAAUAUGAUUAAUAUUAGCCCUUCAUUUUUAAAA